AUGCCCCAGGAAAUCCAUCUGGGAAGCAACUUCUUCCACAUCGGCGGCGAUUCUAUUGCAUCGAUGAGGGCUAUUGCAUACGCCCGCGGGCUUGGAAUCCAGGCUAUGGUUGCGGAUGUAUUCCAGCAUCCGUCUCUCCACGAAUUGGCCAAGAAUUGCUCUCAAACUCUUACAAGGUCUCCAAAAGACAUCCCCGCGUUCAGCCUCUUAAGCUCCCAUUUCGAUCACGCCUUAUUCGUCCAGGACAUAUCUCCCCGGUACGCUCUAGACCCGAUGACGAUCCAAGACGCAUACCCCUACACUCGGCUCCAGGAGUGCCUCAUGUUCUUGACAUCCAAGCGACCUAGAGACUACAUUGAGCAGAGUGUCCUCGAGUUGGCUCAGGACUUAUCACUAGAGGGCCUGCGCAAUGCAUAG